GGGCUCCAUCGGGGAAAUUGCACUUACUUCCCAGCCAGAUCUGCCAGCACCCCUGUCACCAUUCAAGCCACAUCUCACCGCCGCAUCGCAUGCACCUCUACAUCCAGACACACACCCUGCACAGCCACACCAAGUACGUCACAAACCUCUAACCCACUCCAACCUAGAACAAGCACCACGUCUCGAUAAAAAACCAUGUCUCCCGCGCCUACUACCACACAUUACCGCACUCCCCUCCCCUCCCCCUACCCCUAACUCAAUUACACUACAAUGCGGCUCUUCCUCCUCCCCAUCUCGCGACAGCGCUCCCUCCUCUACUGCGAAAAGCUGCACGAAAAAGCCCCGGCAGAACGCUCCUACCUCGACAAGCUCACGAUAAAAGCCGACUCAACGUGGUCCGCCUGGGAAAAAGACACAGCCUCGACCUGGAACUGGAAGCAGAAAACGACGCACUACGGCAACCAACUGCUCAAGCGCAUCCCGUACGAGGAAUGGGGGCUGAAGACGAUGCCCGCGCUGUCUGCGGCGCGCAAGCAGGCCAUUCUCGACGGCAACGGGAAGGAGAGGCUGGAGGUGGUGUUUCCGGGCGCGUAUAUUGAGGAGGGUCGCGUGAGGGGGUUGUUGGAGAAGCUUGCGAGGGAGAGGCAGGGUAUGCAUCGGAGUAAGCUGAUGUGGAGUGUGAUUAUUAUGCCGUUUACUGCGCCGUUUAUGCUGGUGCCGAUUGUGCCGAAUUUGCCGUUCUUUUACGUGCUGUAUCGCGCGUAUUCGCAUUGGAAGGCGCUCACGGGCUCCAAACACCUCGACUUCCUCCUCCAGCACAACGUGCCCAAACCCUCCGCCUCCCCCGUCCUCGACGCCCUCUACACAGCCGGCCUCCUGCACCCCACGCGCGCCCUCGCCCUCUCAUCCCCACCCCCCACCGCCGAGCAAAUAACCUCCACCGCGCACUCCCUGACCUCCCCGCCCACCACCCCCACCGCAGCCGACACCAUGCUCCUCCAGCGCUGGAACGGCAAGCUCAUCGCCGAGAAAUUCGACCUCCCCGAUAUGGAAGUCGAGAUUGAGCGUGCGGUUGAGCAGGUGCGGGAUGCUGUUAGCGGGAAGGCGGUGGAGAAGAAGGAUGAGGAUGAGGUUGUGGAGAAGAGGAGGUAGUGGGAGUUUUGGUGCAUGGGGAGGGAUGAGGCGAUGAGAUGAUGAUGAGGCAUGAUACCACUGUGGGACGCUUUUGUAGAUGGGGAUUUUUUACGAGUAUAUACGAACUCUUUUUUG